AGGAAUAAAGAUUAAAAAUGGCCACCAGCAGCUGCUGGCAACAGUAACAACUCCUGACUUUCCGGGAUAGGGAGACUGGCAGGGCCGGUCAGCAUUGAUGGAAGGGAGAAGGGGCAGUAAGCUGGCACUGAUCUGUAGGCACGGCGCAGGAGAGGGGGCACCCACUGGAUCCUAGGCAGCCUCAGCCCCUUCCCUUUCUUUCCUCCCUCACCUUGACACUUGGAUGAUCGCAUUGUUUCCUCUGAUCACUGUCUUCUGGCCGCACUCUCAUCCCAGUGGCCGUGGAUUAAUUUAUCUGGGAAGGGAUCGCAUGCCGGGAGGAGCAGCAGCCGGGCCACUGCAUUAAAGGAGGAGGGCAGGGAAGAGGAGCAAGCUAGCCACCCUGUGCCACCCUGCUGUGAGGGGGCACAGACAAGAAAUGAAAUGACCAAACCGUAAAGAUGCGGCAGUGCUGGCUUCCGUGUUCUGGAUAGAAUCCUAUCUAGCUCCAGACAUAACAUCCAAGGAAUCUUUAGUGUCUUUUACCUUCUAUGGGAAAGCAAAUUUAGCAGGGAUUCUGAGUGAGAAAUUGGACCCCUGCCAUUUGUAGCUUUGAUGAGCAGAAAUAAAAGGUGAGAGGGUUGCAUCAACAAAAGUGCAACCAUGAAUAUGGUGAAGAGAAUUAUGGGCCGGCCUCGGCAAGAGGAGUGCAGCCCGCAGGACAAUGCGCUUGGCUUAAUGCAUCUAAGGCGGCUCUUCUCGGAGCUUUGCCAUCCUGCCAGACACAUGACCCAGAAGGAACAGGAAGAAAAGCUUUACAUGAUGCUGCCAGUCUUUAACAGGGUGUUUGGAAGUGCACCUCCUAGCACAAUGACUGAAAAGUUCUCUGACCUGUUACAAUUUACUACACAAGUUUCACGACUGAUGGUCACUGAGAUACGAAGGAGAGCAUCCAACAAGUCCACAGAGGCUGCAAGUCGAGCUAUAGUCCAGUUCCUUGAAAUCAACCAGAGUGAAGAGACCAGCAGAGGGUGGAUGCUUCUUACAGUGAUUAAUCUCUUGGCCUCAUCUGGGCAGAAAACUGUGGACUGCAUGACAACGAUGUCCGUGCCUUCCACCCUAAUUAAAUGCCUGUACCUGUUUUUUGACCUCCCGCAUGUGCCUGAGGUACCUGGAGGAGCAGAGAAUGAGUUACCCUUGGCGGAGCGUAGAGCCUUGCUCCAGAAAGUCUUUGUACAGAUUUUAGUGAAGUUGUGUAGCUUUGUGUCUCCAGCUGAGGAGCUAGCGCAAAAAGAUGAUCUUCAACUCCUCUUCAGUGCAAUAACAUCUUGGUGUCCACCUUAUAACCUUCCUUGGAGAAAAAGUGCUGGUGAAGUCUUGAUGACCAUUUCUCGACAUGGACUUAGCUUAAAUGUAGUUAAAUAUAUACAUGAGAAAGAAUGCCUGGCCACAUGUGUCCAAAACAUGCAGCAGUCAAAUGAUUUGUCACCUCUGGAAAUUGUGGAGAUGUUUGCAGGACUUUCCUGUUUUCUAAAAGAUUCCAGUGAAGUAUCUCAGACUCUGCUGGACGACUUCAGAAUAUGCCAAGGAUACGUCUUCCUGUCUGACCUCCUUCUGAGGCUAGAACAAGCUAAAGAGAACGAAUCCAAAGAUGCACUGAAGGACUUGGUUAACCUAAUUACUUCUUUAACAACAUACGGUGUCAAUGAACUGAAACCAGCUGGUUUAACCACGGGGGCACCUUUUUUGUUGCCAGGCUUUGCUGUCCCACAGCCUGCUGGCAAAGGUUUGAGUGUGAGGAACAUCCAAGCCUUUGCAGUCCUCCAGAAUGCAUUUCUUAAAGCAAAGACCUGCUACCUUGCACAGAUCAUUUUGGAUGCCAUCACCAAUAUUUACAUGUCAGACAACUCCAAUUACUUCAUUCUGGAAUCCCAGCACACACUUUCCCAGUUUGCCGAGAAGAUUACUAAACUGCCUGAUGUCCAAAUGAAAUACUUUGAGAUGCUCGAGUUUGUGGUUUUCAGCUUGAACUAUAUCCCUUGCAAAGAACUGAUAAGUGUCAGCAUCCUUUUAAAGUCCAACACCUCUUUUUCCUGUAGCAUUAUAGCCACCAAAACUCUUCUAAAAUUUAUUCGGCAUCACCACAUUUUUAAAGAUGUUUUCAAAGAGGUGGGACUCUUGGAAGUAAUGGUCAACCUUUUGCACAAGUAUGCUGCUGUAUUAAAGGACCCAGCGCAAGCAUAUAUUGAACAAGGGUCCACAAAUGUAAUACAGUCAACUGAGGACCAAAGGCAAUUGGCAUUAGUGGUGAUGGAAACUCUUACGGUUUUGCUACAAGGAUCAAAUACCAAUGCUGGUGUCUUUAGAGAGUUUGGAGGCGCAAGGUGUGUGCACAACAUUGUCAAGUACCCCCAGUGUAGAGAGCACGCACUCAUGGUGAUCCAGCAACUGAUGUUGUCUCCCAGUGGAGAUGAUGACAUGGGGACCCUUUUAGGAUUAAUGCAUUCAGCACCACCAACAGAAUUGCAGCUGAAGACAGACAUUCUGAGGGCACUUUUAAUAGUCCUGAGGGAAAGCCAUCGGACCAGGACUGUUUUUCGGAAAGUUGGUGGAUUUGUCUAUGUCACAUCUCUGUUAGUUGCAAUGGAGAAGUCUCUUAGUGCUCCACCAAGGAAUGGUUGGGAAAAAGUGAACCAGAACCAGGUCUUUGAACUUCUGCACACUGUUUUCUGCACUUUAACAGCAGCUAUGCGAUAUGAACCUGCAAACUCGCACUUCUUCAAAACCGAAAUCCAGUAUGAAAAACUGGCUGAUGCUAUUCGGUUACUUGGCUGCUUUGCCGAAUGCCGCAAAAUUAGACCAUCAAAUGUCUUCCCAUCCAAUAAUCAACCAUUUCAGAGACUUCUAGAAGAAGACCUGGUGCAGUUGGACUCCGUGUGCCCAGUACUGAGGCACUGCAGCAAACUUUUUGUAUACCUGUAUAAAUUAUCUACAGACUCCUUUGACAGACAUGUCUACCAUACAGUGUCCACAUCUUCCCUGAUGCCUCCAAAAAACAUCAGUGAUCUAAAACCUCUUGGCGGACCAGCAUCCUUUUCAACAUCAGAUGCAGUAAUCAUACACCCGGGUGCCAUGCUUUCUAUGCUUGAUCUUUUGGCAUCUGUGGAUUCAGACUCCCAACCUGAGCAUGCCUUGGAUCUCCAGGUGGCUGUCGCAAACAUCUUGCAGUCCUUGGUACACACGGAGCGGAAUCAGCAGGUUAUGUGUGAAGGAGGACUGCAUGCCCGGUUAUUACACCGAUGUAGCGCUGCGCUGGCUGAUGAGGACCAUACAUUGCACCCUCCACUUCAGCGCAUGUUUGAAAGAUUGGCUUCUCAAGCUCUGGAGCCCAUGGUGCUGAGAGAAUUCCUUCGUCUUGGUAAUCCCUUGAAUUGUGCAGCAUGGGAUAAACGCCUAUUAAAACAGUAUCGUGUCCACAAGCCUAGUUCUCUCAGCUAUGAGCCAGAAAUGAGAAGUAGCAUGAUCAUGUCCACCGAGGGGCUGGGCUCUGACAGCGUGUUCUGUGUAGAAGACAAGCAUUACCGGAUAAGCCGCAGCUUGGUAAAAUCAGCAGAAGGAUGCACUGUGCCCCUGACCAGGGUGAAGUGCCUGGUUUCUAUGACAACACCACAUGACAUUAGGCUUCAUGGAUCAUCAGUCACUCCUGCCUUUGUGGAAUUUGACACUUCUCUGGAAGGCUUUGGGUGCCUUUUCUUGCCAAGUUUGGCUCCUCACAAUGCGCCAAACAGUAAUGCAGUUACUACAGGGCUUAUGGAUGGCACAGUGCUGAGUGGCAUAGGAACAGGGGAACAUCUUUUUCCACCACCAUCUGGAUUAUCGUAUUCCACCUGGUUCUGCAUUGAGCAUUUCAGUACUCCACCAAACAAUCACCCAGUGAGACUUCUCACCAUUGUGCGGCGCGCAAACUCCUCUGAGCAGCACUACGUCUGUCUAGCCAUUGUACUUUCUGCAAAAGACAAGUCCCUGAUGGUGUCCACAAAGGAAGAACUGCUUCAGAAUCAUGUGGAUGACUUUAGUGAAGAGUCCUCUUUCUAUGAAAUCCUACCUUGUUGUGCCCGAUUUCGAUGCAGCGAGCUGAUAAUGGAAGGUCAAUGGCAUCAUCUGGUUCUAGUCAUGAGUAAAGGCAUGUUGAAAAAUAGCACCGCCACUCUCUACCUUGAUGGGCAGCUAGUCAGUACUGUAAAGCUGCAUUAUGUACACAGCAGUCCAGGUGUGUCUGGUUCAGCUAAUCCCCCAGUGGUUAGCACUGUCUACGCAUACGUUGGCACUCCUCCAGCUCAACGCCAGCUCUCGUCCCUUGUUUGGCGCCUGGGGCCAACUCACUUUUUAGAGGAAGUCUUGACUGCAGCAAGUGUCGCUGUCAUUUAUGAACUGGGACCAAAUUAUGUUGGAAGUUUUCAAGCGGUUUGUUCUCCAUGUAAGGAUUCGAAGCCUGAAUCGGGUACUCCAUUGCUGGUUUCUCUGGUGCCUGAAGAAAAGGUGUCCUUUGGCCUAUAUGCACUUUCAGUGUCUUCUCUAACUGUGGCAAGAAUAAGAAAAGUUUACAAUAAACUGGACAGCAAAGCAAUUGCUAAGCAGUUGGCAAUAUCAUCUCAUGAGAAUGCCACCCCUGUGAAGCUGCUGCAUAACUCGGCUGGACAUCUGAAUGGCCCUGCUCGGACAAUUGGAGCCGCGCUCAUUGGCUACCUAGGAGUAAGAACAUUUGUCCCCAAACCUGUGGCCACAACCUUGCAGUAUAUAGGAGGUGCAGCAGCCAUUCUUGGACUAGUAGCUAUGGCAUCUGACGUUGAAGGUCUCUAUGCCGCUGUCAAGGCACUUGUGUGUGUGGUGAAGAGCAAUCCUUUGGCCAGCAAAGAAAUGGAAAGGAUUAAAGGUUACCAGCUGCUGGCAAUGCUGCUGAAGAAGAAGAGAGGUCUUCUCAACAGCCACAUUUUACAUCUCACGUUUUCUUUGGUUGGGACAGUGGACAGUGGUCAUGAAACAUCCAUUAUACCCAACUCUACAGCUUUCCAAGACCUGCUCUGUGACUUUGAGGUCUGGCUCCAUGCACCAUAUGAGCUCCAUCUUUCGCUCUUUGAACAUUUCAUUGAACUUCUCACUGAAUCAAGUGAAGCCGCAAAGAACGCAAAGCUCAUGAGGGAAUUCCAACUAAUACCCAAGUUGCUACUGACCCUGCGAGACAUGUCCCUAUCACAGCCCACCAUAUCUGCUAUCAGUAAUGUCCUAAGUUAUCUCCUACAGGGUUUUCCAAACAACAAUGACCUGCUCAGGUUUGGACAGUUCAUCUCAUCAACACUACCAACCUUUGCUGUAUGUGAGAAGUUUGUUGUAAUGGAAGUAAAUAAUGAGGAGAAGUUAGAGCUAGGAAAUGAGGAUGACUUUGGGGGACUCGUUUCUGCCAGUCUUAUUCUUCUAAGAAAUAGGCUGUUGGAUAUGCUGCUAAAACUCCUGUAUACUACAAAGGAAAAGACCACAGUCAAUCUCCAAGCUUGUGAAGAAUUAGUCAAGACCCUUGGCUUUGACUGGGUCAUCAUGUUCAUGGAGGAACACCUGCAUUCAACAACCGUCACUGCAGCCAUGAGGAUUUUGGUGGUACUCUUGAGCAACCAGCCAAUCCUUAUUAAGUUCAAGGAAGGAGUGAGUGGAGGAGGAUGGCUUGACCAAACAGAUUCUGUCUUGACCAAUAAGAUCGGGACAGUACUAGGCUUCAACGUCGGAAGGAGCGCUGGAGGCAGGUUAACGGUCAGGGAGAUUAACCGCGAUGCUUGUCAUUUCCCCGGCUUCCCGGUUCUUCAGUCACUUCUCCCCAAGCACACUAACGUACCUGCACUCUACUUUAUGCUCAUGGCACUGUUCCUACAGCAGCCGGUCACUGAACUGCCUGAAAACUUGCAGGUCAGUGCACCUGUCACCAGCAACCGAAGUAACCGGGGUGGCCAGUUUGACCUGGACUCCAUCUGGAGUUUUAUCUUUGGGGUGCCUGCCUCCGGUGGAAACGUGUUCUCCUCUAUCCACAAUGUUUGCACAGAAGCCGCACUUCUCUUACUGGGCAUGCUCAGGACCAUGCUGAAUUCUCCCUGGCAGUCUGAGGAAGAAGGCUCCUGGCUCCGGGAGUAUCCAGUGACAUUGAUGCAGUUCUUCCGCUACCUUUAUCACAAUGUUCCAGAUCUUGCCCCGAUGUGGAUCAGCCCUGACUUCCUUUGUGGCCUGGCAGCCACUGUGUUCCCUUUUAACAUUCGACCGUACUCUGAAAUGGUCACUGACCUUGAUGAUGACGUCGGAUCGCCUGCUGAAGAAUUUAAAGCCUUUUCAUCAGACUCGGGCAUGAACAGAAGCCAGUCUGAAUAUUGUAAUGUCGGCUCCAAGACUUAUCUGUCCAGCCACCCCGCCAAGAAGUUUGUGUUUGAUUUCAUGAGAGUCCUUGUGAUUGAAAACAUUCGCCUGACUCCUGCCAGCAAGCAAACCCCUUUGAUCGACCUUCUCUUAGAGGCUUCUCCUGAAAGAUCUACACGAGCUCAGCAAAAGGAAUUCCAGACCUAUAUACUGGACAGUGUAAUGGACCAUCUACUGGCUGCUGAUGUUCUGUUAGGGGAAGACGCUUCAUUACCAGUAACCUCUGGAGGUAGUUAUCAGGUGCUGGUAAAUAAUGUGUUUUAUUUCACCCAACGAGUGGUGGACAAGCUGUGGCAAGGAAUGUUUAAUAAAGACUCUAAACUGGUAGUAGACUGUAUCAUCCAGCUCAUCUCACAGGUGAGGGACAGACUGCAGUCAAAAAGACGUUCCCAAAGUGUGUCCCUUGAAGCAGUUUACAACUGCUUGAACCGGACUGUGCUAUACCAGUUCUCCAGAGCCCACAAAACCGUGCCUCAGCAAGUAGCCCUUUUGGAUUCUUUGCGAGUACUUACAGUGAAUAGAAAUCUGAUGCUAGGACCCGGGAAUCAUGACCAAGACUUCAUUGCAUGCCUUGCUCAUUGCUUGAUUAACCUCUACAUUGGAAGCAACCCUGAUGGCUUUGGAUUGGAGGCUGAAGCCAGGAUGACCACCUGGCACAUCAUGAUGCCCUCAGAAGUAGAACCAGAUGGACUAUACCAGGAUGUUAGUGAAGGACGCCAGCUCCUUUUAAAAGCUGUCAACAGAGUUUGGAUAGAGCUGAUUCAUAGCAAAAAACAAGUUCUGGAGGAUAUGUUUAAAGUGACAUUUCCUGUCAACGAACGGGGACAUGUGGACAUUGCUAUUGUCAGGCCUUUCAUUGAAGAGGCAACAUUACGUGCUUGGCAAAAUCAUCUUGCUUAUGAGAAGAAGUGCAUCAGUAAAGGGGAAGCCUUAGUCCCGAGUUCUCAAUCCAAGUUGUCACGUGUCAGUAGUGGCUUUGGUCUUUCCAAACUAACUGGGUCAAGAAGAAACCGUAAGGAGAGUGGUCUCAACAAACAUAAUCUCUCCACACAGGAGAUCUCCCAGUGGAUAUUCACUCACAUUGCCGUCGUACGUGACCUAGUGGAAAUGCAGUAUAAAGAAUACCAAGAGCGUCAACAAAAUGUCUUGAAAUAUGUGACAGAAGAAUGGAAUCAGAUUGAGUAUGAACUACUACGGGAAAGAGGACUGUGGGGACCACCCAUUGGUUCCCACCUAGAUAAAUGGAUGCUGGAGAUGACAGAAGGGCCGUGUAGAAUGAGGAAGAAAGUUGUGAGAAAUGACAUGUUCUAUAUUCAUUAUCCUUACAUCCCUGAAAUGGAGCAAGAUACUAACACAAUGUCUGACUUUCCAUGUUCACUGCCUGAAUCCUCUGAUGGUGUCUUCAUUGUAUCUCUUGAGAAGAAACCUGCUCGUUAUCGUCGUGCCAUUAGCUAUGACAGUAAAGAUUAUUACAUGCGCCUAAUGCCAGGGAACCCAGCAGUGUUUCAGGAUACAGUGGAGGACAGCUCGGAGGGGGAAGCAGCUCACCAUGAGCCGGAACAUGGAGAAGACACCAUUGCCAAAGUGAAAGGCCUUGUAAAAGCACCUCUUAAACGAUCAAGAUCUGCUCCUGAUGGUGGAGAAGAUGAGAACCAGGAGCUUUUACAAGACCAGUUGAGUGAAGGCUCUUCCAUAGAUGAGGAAGAGAAGAUGGACAGCACGACCCUUCUGAGGCUCCUUGAGGAAGGAGAGAAGAUUCAGCAUAUGUACCGCUGUGCAAGGGUUCAGGGCCUGGAUACUGGUGAAGGGCUCCUGUUGUUUGGCAAAGAACACUUCUAUGUUGUUGAUGGAUUUACACUGACAGCCAACAGAGAAAUUCGGGAUAUUGAAACUCUACCAGUGAACAUGCAUGAGCCAAUCAUUCCUCGAGGAGCAAGACAGGGCCCCAGCCAGCUGAAAAGAACUUGCAGCAUUUUUGCCUAUGAAGACAUCAAAGAGGUUCAUAAACGAAGAUAUCUAUUACAGCCAAUUGCAGUUGAAGUCUUCUCCGCAGAUGGACGCAACUAUUUGCUGUCUUUUCAAAAGGGAGUUCGGAACAAAGUUUACCAGAGGUUCUUGGCAGUUGUACCCUCUUUGACAGACAGCUCAGAGUCCGUUUCAGGGCAGCGUCCUAAUACCAGUGUGGAGCAAGGGUCUGGGCUUCUAAGCACUUUGGUUGGAGAAAAGUCUGUUACUCAAAGAUGGGAGAGAGGAGAAAUCAGCAAUUUCCAGUAUCUGAUGCACUUAAACACUCUGGCCGGCCGCUCAUACAAUGAUCUCAUGCAGUACCCGGUCUUCCCGUGGAUCCUGGCAGAUUUUGACUCUGAGGAGCUGGACUUGAUCAAUCCUAAGACUUUUAGAAACCUUGCCAAGCCUAUGGGAGCACAAACUGAUGACAGACUGGCACAGUAUAAGAAGCGUUACAAAGAUUGGGAAGAUCCCAAUGGAGAGACACCAGCUUAUCACUACGGGACACAUUAUUCCUCCGCUAUGAUUGUGGCAUCGUAUCUAGUCCGAAUGGAGCCAUUUACUCAGAUCUUCCUCAGGCUUCAGGGUGGACACUUUGACCUGGCCGAUCGAAUGUUCCACAGUGUACGUGAGGCCUGGUACUCUGCAUCCAAACACAACAUGGCAGAUGUGAAGGAACUAAUUCCGGAAUUUUUCUACCUGCCUGAGUUUCUUCUCAACUCCAACAACUUUGACCUUGGUUGUAAACAAAAUGGAACAAAGCUUGGUGAUGUAAUACUACCCCCAUGGGCCAAAGGGGACCCUCGGGAAUUUAUCCGUGUGCAUAGAGAGGCUCUGGAAUGUGACUACGUCAGUGCCCACCUGCAUGAAUGGAUAGACCUGAUCUUCGGGUACAAGCAACAGGGGCCAGCUGCUGUAGAUGCUGUCAAUGUUUUUCAUCACCUUUUCUAUGAGGGACAAGUGGACAUCUACAACAUUAAUGACCCUUUGAAAGAGACCGCUACCAUAGGCUUCAUUAAUAAUUUUGGCCAGAUACCUAAGCAGCUAUUUAAAAAACCUCAUCCACCAAAACGUGUUAGGAGUCGCAUGAAUGGAGACAUAUCAUCAGUGUCUAUGCCCUUGGGAUCUGCAUGUGACAAGAUAUUUUUUCAUCAUUUGGAUAAUUUGAGGCCAUCCUUGGCUCCGGUCAAAGAACUGAAAGAGCCCGUUGGUCAGAUUGUCUGCACAGAUAAGGGCAUUCUGGCUGUAGAACAGAACAAAGUUCUCAUUCCACCCACCUGGAACAAGACUUUUGCAUGGGGCUAUGCAGACCUCAGUUGCAGACUGGGAACAUACGAGUCCGACAAGGCUGUUGUUGUCUAUGAAUGUCUAUCUGAAUGGGGGCAGAUUCUCUGUGCCAUUUGCCCAAACCCCAAAAUGGUUAUCACUGGGGGAACAAGUACGGUGAUCUGUGUAUGGGAGAUGGGAACAUCAAAAGAAAAGGCAAAAUCCCUUACAUUGAAACAGGCACUGAUUGGACAUACAGACACAGUAACAUGCCUGACUGCUUCGUUGGCAUAUCACAUAGUUGUCAGCGGAUCUCGUGACCGCACCUGCAUCAUCUGGGACCUGAACAAGCUUUCCUUUGUGACACAGUUACGCGGCCACAGAGCCCCAGUGUCGGCUCUCUGUAUAAAUGAGUUAACAGGUGACAUUGUGUCGUGUGCUGGUACUUACAUUCAUGUCUGGAGCAUUAAUGGUAACCCAAUUGUCAGUGUAAAUACAUUUACCGGAAGAAGCCAACAGAUCCUGUGCUGCUGCUUAUCUGAAAUGAAUGAGUGGGACACGCAGAAUGUUAUUGUCACCGGACAUUCAGACGGAGUAGUGCGUUUUUGGAGGAUGGAGUUUUUACAAGUUCCGGAGACGCCAGCACCAGAGCCAGCUGAUACCAUGGAACUGCCAGAUGAAUGCUCAGAGACACAAAUAGGGCAUGAAGCCCAGGAAGAUGACAGCAGCGACUCAGAUGUGGAAGAUCAGAGCUCAAGCCAGGACACCAGAUUGAAGGAUGUUCAGACUCAGCCUAGCAAUGUCACUCCCAGGACAAGAGCAUCAUCUGCCAGAGCCGGCUUGGCAGCAUGGUCCGCAGACAGCAGCUCUGAUGAUUCCAGACGUUGGUCAGAUCAUCUCAGUUUGGAUGAAAAAGAUGGAUUUGUCUUCGUUAAUUAUUCUGAAGGUCAAUCAAAAGUGCAGUUCCCACAGGUCCAAAGUGGUGGUCAAACAACCCAAGCUGAAGGCCGACACUAUAACAAACUGAAAACUGGAUACCGGUGGGAGCGGCAGUUAGUAUUUAGAAGCAAACUUACUAUGCACACAGCAUUUGAUCGGAAAGACAACGCUCACCCUGCAGAGAUCACAUCACUGGGCAUCUCCAAGGAUCACAGCAGGAUCCUGGUUGGAGACAGCAGAGGACGGGUAUUCAGCUGGUCAGUAAGUGAUCAGCCAGGGCGAUCUGCUGCCGACCACUGGGUAAAGGAUGAAGGGAUGGACAGCUGCUCAGGAUGUGCAGUGAGGUUUUCCCUGACUGAGAGGAGACAUCAUUGCAGAAACUGCGGGCAGCUCUUUUGCCAAAAGUGCAGUCGAUUCCAGUCAGAAAUCAAGCGCCUGAAGAUCUCUUCUCCAGUGAGAGUGUGCCAGAACUGUUACUAUAAUUUACAGCAUGAGCGAGGCUCCGAGGAGUCUUCAAGAAACUAGACUGCUCUCCGCCAUCAUUAAUUACAUAAGACGCUCCACUUUGUGCUGUAACCAACAUUCUCUCCAAAUGGGUUGGAACGUCAAAAAAAAUAACAGUUUACAUGCAACUUUGUUUUGUGUUCUGAACACCGCAAGAAAAAAGGGAUCACUAGGCUCACUAAUGACUUCACCACGAAUGAAUCACCGAUAUGGUGAGCUUCUGUCUAAUCUAGUUCUGCUGCUACGUCUGCCGGCUGAAGAAAGUGCCCAACCAACAGCUCUCAUACUACCUUGUGUUUGUUUUGUAGAGCAGUCCCUCGGCGCAGUAACCCAAUAGAUAGCUUUUCGGACAAAUAAGUUGCUUACAAAGAAAUGACUCAGUCGUGUACAGUUUAUUGUAAAUAAAAUAUUGGCCUUUUUAUCGAAAUCUCCAC